AUGCUCUACUCUUCCAACAAAGCAGCCUUAAACUCAUUCAGAGAAUUUGAUUUGGGGCAUUUUGCCUCUGAUUCUGUUAUCAAUAAUUCCUCGGGUGCUCUCUAUGGGGCUAAGGUCAGGGCUGUUAGGUGGCUAUUGCAAAACAUGAAUACCAUGUUCUUUCUUGAACAUUCCCCUACCAUUGCUAGUGGAUCAAGUCCUCCCGACCAGUUACACUCUCAGACUAUAACCAGUCCAUCAUUUCCUUGUACCUUAGAGACAAAGUUGUGGGUCACAUCUCAGGAACGUAACACAUACCAGGCACUCGUACACUUCACACUGCUUCAGUGA